CGAAAUACAUGUUUAGUUUUGACUUUCUUGUCUGGAAAGUGUAUGUUGGGAUAUGGUCUUUGUUAAUGUCACUGAAUUGUAAUUACGGAACAGUCCUUAUGCCAUUUUCUUUAAAAUGCCGGUCAUUUCAAAGAUAACAGGGGUGGUGAUUCUUACCACAUUGCUUGUGAUAACACUUAUGUUGAUGUUUGACGUACCGGUAUCACGCGUGCACAGUAUAAUCUUUGCACAAUCAGAAACAACGAUAAGUUAUGCACCAAAGGACAUAGGUAUUGGUGAUCCUCACGACCCAAGAUUUCACAACAUUAUACUUGAAGAAGAAGCGCUCAUGUUUGAACCUUGCCGAGAUGUAAAUAAAACAGCUUCCGUUCAACACUCAAAACUAUCACUGACCGAUCAUAUAAAUUCUACUUACAAUAUUGGUGAAACAAUUCGUAUUGUUGCCACGCUUUAUGAUGGCUAUGGUAAACGUAAAUACUCCGGUGGCGACCAUCUCAGAGCGACAAUUGAAAACAAAGACCUCAAGGCAUCAGCCCCUUGUGUGGUGACAGAUAACAGAAAUGGAACGCAUUUUGUAGCAUGUGAGGCAUUAUGGAGCGGUGUUUCAGCAAUAAACAUCAGUCUUGCAUAUGCAAGGGAGACAAUUACGUCCAUUUAUCGGAUAAGAACACAAGUAUGUAUGCAGUCGAGCUUUUUAAAUUAA